CUUUCUGAAUUAUAACGAUAAACACAGGAUGCCACGUCUGUGUGGUGGGAGAAGAAAACGGUUAAACUGGAAAAUCCUGACAGUGCUGGCACUGGUUAUCGUGGCAUCAUGUUUCUAUUAUAGUUCCUCCAAAAUCUCAGUAGAUAAUGCUGAAAUUUUACAGCUCAGGAAAAAAAGAUAUGCGGAAUAUCACGUCGCGGAGGAUAAGCGGGAAGGUGCAGGGGAGAGGGGCAAGGCGGUGCUCCUGGAGGGGGAGGAGAAGACAUUAGCGGACUCUCUAUUUAAAAAAGAAGCAUUCAAUAUUAUAGCCAGUGAUAAGAUAGCUCUGGACCGCUCCAUCCCCGACGUCCGGGACUCCAGAUGCAGAGAUGUAAGGUACCCGAAGGACCUACCCACAGCUAGUGUGAUUAUCAUUUUCCAUAAUGAGGCCUGGUCACCCCUCCUACGAACAGCACACAGUGUGGUCAAUCGGUCACCCCCCGAGUAUUUACAUGAAGUUAUCUUAUUGGAUGAUUAUUCUGACCGACCUGAGCUCGGCAGUAAACUCCGCGACUAUGUCGCCAAGACGUGGCCGGACGGGAUUGUGAAGAUCAUCCGGACAAUGGAGCGAAGUGGACUAAUCCGAGCGCGACUGGCGGGAGCGAAGGCGUCGACGGGAGACGUUCUCAUUUUCCUGGAUUCACACUGCGAGACCAACACCGGAUGGUUGGAGCCUCUGCUGGCAAGAAUCAAGGAGGACCACACAGCAGUCCUGUGUCCGGAGAUCGACCUCAUCGACAAGAACACCCUUCAGUAUGGCGGCACGGGGUCGUUUUCAGUGGGCGGCUUCUGGUGGUCUCUGCACUUCUCAUGGCGACCAAUCCCACAACAUGAGCAGCGGCGGCGUUCGUCUGCGAUUUCUCCCAUUAGGCUCGAGCCGAUGUUGUCAAGAAUCCAAGAGUCACCGAACAGUGUACUUUGUCCCAUUGUGGAUGCCAUAGAUUCUGGAACACUGGAAUAUUCCAAAAAUGGGGGUUACCAGGUUGGAGGAUUUUCCUGGAGCAUGCAUUUCACUUGGAGGGAUGUUCCUGACAGAGAUAAAACUCACAGGAAGUACACUGACCCUGUAGGGUCACCCACCAUGGCCGGGGGGUUGUUUGCAGCAGACAGGAAGUUCUUCUUUGAGAUUGGAGCGUACGACCCAGGAAUGGAUGUGUGGGGUGGCGAGAAUCUGGAAAUCUCGUUCAGGACGUGGAUGUGUGGAGGGAAGCUUGAAUUCAUCCCCUGUUCUCGUGUUGGCCAUAUUUUUAGAGCAAGUCAUCCCUACACUUUCCCAGGAAAUAAAGAUACACACGGUAUUAAUUCUAUGAGACUUGCUGAAGUUUGGAUGGACGAAUACAAACGACUGUUUUACACGCACAGAAAGGAUUUACUGGGCCACGACUAUGGAGAUAUAUCAGAACGUGUAGCACUAAGGAAGAGGCUGAACUGUAAAAGCUUUAAGUGGUUUUUGGACAACAUUUACCCAGAGAAAUUCAUACCCGACGAGAAUGUGCACGCAUGGGGAAUGGUCCGUAACCCAGCCAGCAAUCUCUGCCUGGACACAUUACAGAAGGACGAGAAAAUUGUGUUUGACAUGGGAUUAUACAGCUGUCAGAAUGGAGGAAGUGCUAAUGAGGUGUUUUCUCUGAGUAUAAAUGAUGAACUUCGACGAGAGGAGGCGUGUCUAACUGCUCUUUCAGAGGGAGGCCAUGUGCCAUUAGAACCCUGUACAGGGUCAGCCAAUCAGAAAUGGAAACAUGAUAAGGAAAAGAUGGUAAUCACUGGUACGACCUCCAGCGGAGAUGUUUUAUGUCUGGAUAAAAAGGAUGGAAAGAAUAAUGGACUGGUCUUCACGGAGAAAUGUAACAGCAAGGAAUCGCAGAAAUGGACGUUCGAGCAUUAUCUAGAUAAUGCCUGAGGUUAAGAUUUGAUCACCAUCUAGAUAAUGUCAGUGAUAAAGUAUAGAACAUUAUCUAGAUAAUGCCUUAGGUUAAGAUUUGAUCACCAUCUAGAUAAUGGCUGAGGUUAAGAUUUGAUCACCAUCAGAUGAUGUCUAUGAUAAAGUAUAGAUGAUUAUUUCGAUAAUAUCAAGGGUUAGUUUGGAUGAUUAUUGAUAGAUAACAUCUGAAGUUAGUUUGAAAGAUUAUCUAGAUAACAUCUAAGGUUAAGUCUGGAUAAUUAUCUAAGGUCUGGAUUAGCUUAGAUAAUCGCUUGGGGUUUUAUUUCAAUAUGACAAUACUGUAAUAGAUUAAGUUUGAAUAUUUUUUUUAGAAAAUUCGUGAUAUCUAUUUUGAUUUUCAUUACUGUUGAUGAUUAUUGAAACUCUUAAUUGUGCACAGUACGUGGCAUUUAAUCAAUUCAAUGUGUGGAAUCUCGGUUUUUCUUUUAUUUGUUGCCACAUUGCCACCCGUAUGUCUUUUAUUUAUUGCCACAUUGCCACUAACUAGUAUGUCUGUUUUAUCUGUUGCCACAUUGACAACAGUGCGUUUGUUAUGAUUCGUUGCCACUUUGAGGCCAGUGUGUUUGUUUCAGUGUGUUACCAGAUUUCCACCAGUAUUAGACAAUAUAGUAGCUACAUGUAGCAGUAAUGUAUGCAUUUCCUAUUCUGUGAACCAUUCCUCUAUGAAAACACCACAUUCACACAAUAGUUUAACUGAUGAAAAACACCAUAUUCAAAGUACAUUCAAAUUCAUUUUGUUCUCUCUAUAACCACCGGACCUUGUGAAAAGGUUUGAAUUUUAUUUAGGAAUGUCUGGAACAUUCUUUAGAAUCUGCUGAACAGCCACAACGUUUCUACUUAUUUUUCUUAUAAAUGUGCAAUACUCCUUAGUUCAAAGCUUCAAAUUUGACUUCCAUGGUAACUGCUUAUUGAAGAAUGGCCUAUGCCAGGGGAAUUGUUUUAAUUAAAGUCAAUUUGAAUUAUAAUAUUUGAUGCAGUUCAUUUGAUCAUAAAUUCCAAUUAGAAUUGAUAAAACACUGCUUCCAUUGUAAUGGUUCUGUUAAGUGUAUGGUUUCAUCGAAAUGUAUUAACAAGUCCUUCGGGUGUUUUUUUUCCUUAAAAAUCUUUAAGAAUAUUCUAGAGAGGCUGCCUUUGAAAAUCCACCAUCCUUUUAUAUUUUUAGAACUUUGAUUUACAGAGUUACAGAACUUUAUGAUUUACAGAGUUACAGAACUUUGUAAUUUACAGAGUUACAGAACUUUGUAAUUUACAGAGUUGCAGAACUUUGUUAUUUACAGAGUUACAGAACUUUGUAAUUUACAGAGGUACAGAACUUUAUUGUUCAUUAGCUUUCCCUGCACUAACCAGUGUAGCUUUAAAACUACGCACGUUUGUUUAUGUUUUGUUUGAUAGUAUUAAUAACAUCUAGUGAAUGUUCAAUUUAUUGUUGUCAGUAAAAUAUGUCAUGAAUUUUUAAUCUGUGUUACCUGAAGGCGCACCUGUUUUGGGAUUGGGGGGGGGGGGGGGGUUGUAACGUUCAGUGAAAUAAAAUGAGUAAGUAAAUGAAUAAACAAAUAGAUGAAACUACUAAGAUGUCAUAUGACUGCAUUAAACAGCUACAAUCUAUAGCAGCAUGGCACUGAUCUGUAAAAUACACUAGAUAUCAAUCAUAAUUAUUUUUUAUUUCUUUAAACCAUUAUGUUCUGAUAUCUUCAUUUGAAAAUCACCUUUAACCGUAGACAAGAUAUUCAUUUUGUCUUGAGCUAUGAUAAUCAGGUGGGAUAGGAGAUGUUGUUCGGCUCUAAUAAUCAAGUGGGAUAGGGGUGUUGGUCGGCUCUGAUGAUCAAACAGGACAGGGGGAGGGUUCAGGACUGAUUCGAUUCUCACCAGCAAUCCUCCAUUUAAUAAGGUUCACGUAUGUUUUAUGUUUGAAUCAGGUGGAAUUGUGAUUUGUCCCAUUCAAGUUGUCAAUCAGUAGAAAUAUCAUUAUUAAAUCACGAUAGUAAUCCCUCAUAUAAUAUCAAUAGGUCAAUAAAUCACGAUAGUAAUCUAUCACAUAAUAUCAAUAGGUCAAUAAAUCACGGUAAUAAUCCCUCAUAUAAUAUCAAUAGGUCAAUAAAUGACGAUAAUAAUCUCUCAUAUAAUACCAAUAGGUCAAUAAAUCACGAUAGUAAUUCCUCAUAUAAUAUCAAUAGGUCAAUAAAUCACGAUAGUAAUCUCUCAUAUAAUAUCAAUAAGUCAAUAAACCACGAUAGUAAUCUAUCAUGUAGUAUUAAUAGGUCAAUAUAUCAUUAUUUAAGACGUUUCAAUGAAAUGACCCCUAGGGAGGAUAUGUUGUUAUUAUGGCGGGAGAACUUUUGUUUUUUGUUUAAUGUACAGUCGAGCAAGUUUCAAUCCCACAGAUGGAGUUUAAUUGACUCUCGUUUCACAACUAGCCAAAAGUAUCAUUAUGUUCAACUGAAAGGUCAAAAUACAUGGAAAGAUUCGUAACCACCAUUAUUUGGUGUCUUUAGAAUUAAUUCCAGUAAAUAAUGAUUCACAUGGACUUGUAGUCUAAUAAGUUAUUUCUCGGACUUUGAAAUUACAGUUUAGCCGUUUUGUGCAAUAUAUGUAAACAAACCAUAUGUACACAACCAUAUCACAUACCGUGUGUUUUGUGUAUAUACGUACCGUGUGCUUUGUGUAUCUACGUAAUGUGUGUUUUGUGUAUCUACGUACGGUGUGCUUUGUGGAGUGAAAACAGGAAAAAUAACAUUUGUAUUCACUCAUUUCUUCUUCAUUCCCUGGAAAGGGAAAAUAGGGGAAAGGAACUGGUGAUGUUCUAUACUUCCGGUAAAUGUACGUGUCAGGCUUUAUACAGGUUUAUUGCAAGUUAUACUGAUAAUAUUAACAACACAAGUCCUGGAAUUUCUCUCACAUAUUUAGCCCUAUCUCCAUUGUCUCACUAUAGUUCUGCUCAGAAGUCGUGGAAUUUCUCUCACAUAUUGAACCCUUUCUCCAUUGUCUCACUAUAGUUCUGCUCAGUCUCGUGAUCGUUGAAUUCCUGUUGAAUAUCAGUCACAUUUAUAUUUAUGGAGUAAAACGUGUCUUUGAAAGUUUGUAUGUAUACGAAGUACAGUGUAAUAGGUGCCCGUCGUAACAGGUGCCCGUCAUAACAGGUGCCCAUUACAGGAUUUCUCAUGAAAGUCCAAGAUAGCACAUCUUAUAGAACAUCAUCUUCCAACUUCUAAAACUAACUUUGUUGUGGAUGACUCACCUGGCAGGUGAGAAAUUCGCUUUUGAAAACCUCCCUUGUGUGGGAAAAUGAAGAGCUAUAUUACGAGCAAUGAUUUCCUUGUGGUUAUUUACAAAAUGUCUGUAGAUAAAAGUGUUGAAUUUUGACGGAAAAGAAAUUAGACUUUCUAUCAAAAACAUCAAUUCCUGUAGGAUUAAAGAGAGGAAACAGUUUUUUCAUCAUUUUUCCUGUACGUAUGAGUUUUCAAUUUUUUUAAAAAAAAUUAAAAUUUGUCUUUUGAGAGAAACUAAAUAUCCUACAAAAACAACUCCUGUAGGAUUUGAAAACAAAUAAUAUAUAUAUAUGCAUAAAGAUAGGAAAUUCCAUAGAAAUUGAAUUUAUUUAGAAUUGUAAAACUUGAUUAGAUCUCGAUAUCGCGCCUGUCUUAAGUCCUUACUGCAGUUCAUGGUCUCAUUCUUCCCUAGAUGAAUUAUCUGUAAAUUAAACGAAUGAGGAAUUGAUAAUAACGACCCUUAGGUGCAGGUGAAAUACGUUUCCCUAGUAAUUGAUGUGACCGGAGAUUUAAGAAGUGUUUGAUUGUCGUAGGUGAUGUUUUGUUUGUUUAUGGAUGACCUGUAUUCGAUACAAACGACUCUUCAUUGAUGAAUAUCUAUAUUGUUCCUUAUUUUCUGUGGUAUGAUAUAUUAUACAAUAUUUCGUAGCCACACCAUACUGUGUUUGUGUUAUGAUGUGUGAUAUUGUUAAGAAUAUGUUGAAAACAAAAUUGAUAGAAAAACGUCCUAAUUGAUAGCUAUUUUUAUACAAAAAAAUGUUUUAUUACUAGAAAUGUUAACCAUACAUACAUAUCAAAUAGCGGUCUUUAUGACUCACCUUAACUCACCUGACCCGUAAUGUUGCUAAGAACAUGUUGACUCAAGUGAGCCCUAUGACCCACGGGCCUCUUGUUGUAGUCGUACUAGCGAUACUAAUGUUAGAAUAGUGCUACAUAUGUUUAACAAACAUGGUUUUAUCGCCUAGCUGAAUUUAAAUCUUGUUCAGGAUUUGAUUCUUGUUAUGGAUUUAAUUGUCUGGCUGGAUUUUUAAUCCUCGUUCUGGAUUUGAUUAUCUGGCAAUAUUUUGUUGUCAUUUUGGAUUUAAUUGACUGGCUGGAUUUAAUCCUCGUUCUGGAUUUGAUUAUCUGGCAAUAUUUUGUUGUCAUUUUGGAUUUAAUUGACAGGCUGUAUUUAAUUGUCGCUCUGGAUUUGAUUGGUGAUAUGGAUUUAAUUGUUUGGAUGAAAUUUAAUCGUCUGGCGGGAUUUAUCGUUUCUGGAUUUAAUUGUCUGGUGGUAUUUGUUCUGGAUUUAUUUAUCUGGCGGGGUUUCCUCGUCUGGUGGGAUUUCAUUGUCUGGCGGGAUUUGUCUGACUUGUUUUAAAUCUUUGUCUGUAUUUAUAAGUCUAGCUAAAUUUCCAUCCAUUAGUGAAAUAGUAGAAGAGUUUGGGUUUUUUAUCAUUCUAUAGCAUGUGGACUUGAAAUUCUAUUAAAGGGACUGAUUCACAAUUUCCCCCAAACUUUAUUUUUCACAGAUUACGUAUGUUAUUGUUUACAAAAUUUUCAAAAGAAAUGGAUAUCGAUCUAAGUUUAUCAUACUUUCACAUUUCAAGCAUUUUUAGGGUAAAAUAUGUCAUCUAAAAGUAUAAGAUUUGAGACUAUGCAAAAUUAAGAUGCUCUAUAUUACAAAAUCAAUAUUUUGUUUGUUUGUUUAGACUCGAGUCUUUGUUACAUAACACAGAUUUAAGACUAAAAUAUUGCUUUCAUUCUUGCAUUCAGAAGGUCAAACAUUAAGUGAGUUAUAUUUUUAAUGUUUAAUAUAAAAAAUGAAAAAUAUUUUUAUCAAAUAUCGUAAUCUAGUCACUUUAGAUAUCAUCAUAGAAAAUGAAAAAAGCUUGGACUAUCACUCUUAGAUUUAUUGUAAUUCAAGCACCAUACAUGUAUAGAUAGAGGAAUAAUGAUGAUUGUAAACCCCCCACCCCCACCCCCACCCCCCUUCUCUUUUUAUUCCUCUGAAUUUGUAUUUUGAAUUACACUCAUGAUUAUUUCCCUUUGUGAAUUGAUGGAAUCUCGGUACUUACAAGUACGACUGGAUUACCACGUUGUGUGAUCACGUGAUUGCAUUUUAUGACGUCACUAAACGUUAUAUACAUGAACAUCAAAUGAAAGUUUCCGCAAAAAACAGCUAUAGAAGUAUUCACGUCAGAUAACAGCAAAAAUUAUUUACAACGAAAACCGUAACCAAUACAUUUAUCAAUGAGUCCACAUUGUCUGCUGUUUUUGUUUGAAUUAUUUAUUUCUAUUAUACAUUUUAUCUUGAUUGUGUAGUGUACAGAUGAUAAUAUCUUUGUAUCAUUAAUGUGGGCAUAUGUAUAUAAUGUGCAUUGUACUUUUAAGAAGAUCCAUGUAUCAUUAAUGUGAGCAUAUGUAUAUAAUGUGCAUUGUACUUUUAAGAAGAUCCAUGUAUCAUUAAUGUGGGCAUAUGUAUAUAAUGUGGCUUCAUAAAUUGCAUUGGACUUCAAAUUUCAUGAGUUUCACCAAAAGUUACAAAUCCAUGGACCACUAUAGACUGUGUUUAUUAUGAUAAGUUAAAUCAGCAUAGGCUUGUGAUAACUGUAUUGUGAUGUAAUAACGGAAACCAUGGAUACUGUUUAAUGAACAGUUAAUGAAGCCACGGGGAUUCAGAAAAGGUCACUCCUCCAUCAGAUUCAGAUGUCCAUCAAAAAGAUUAAUUAACACUGGUGUAACACGCAGAGAUGGGAUCAAUGGCAUUGACCUUUCAAUUACAUUGAUAAUUCUGUCUGAAAAGUGCAAUUACAAUUACAUUGAUGAUUUUAAUCAAUAUAAUCAAUUACUUUGAAAUUACUUUUAAGAAUUAAGUAAAUGCAUUUCAAUUACUGAAGCAUUUUUCAAAAGCCUUGAGCAAAUACAUGUACAAAGCAUUGCCUUUUCGUUUUACACUUCUAGGUUCAUUUUAUUGUCAUGGGAUUUUCAUAUAAUGUUUAGCUCUGAAUAUUAUGUCUGAAUGAAGUGAAAUCUUACUCGAGUAUUUUUUUUCUACCUGUGCUCUUGAUCUGUGGAUCAGAGGGAUUCACACCUGAACAAAAUUAGACCCUCGCUUGUAGCUAUGGACACUUUGGCCUAGUUGUUAGACAGACACAUCUAAUUCUUGUGUUAACACCCCAUGACAGUAAAACAGUGUAACACCAUUAUUAUCAGAAAUUUUCAUUCCAUCAUUUUCAAACUUUGUUUCAUUAAAGAAUGUUAAAAAGUAUUUGAAAUGUAAUUGAAAAUUUACUUUUUUUAUGAAAAUAAAUUCAAUGACUUGUAAUUAAAAGCAAUGCGAUUUAUUAGUGCACCCAAUUAUUUUAUAAAGAUGUAUUUUGAUACGGCUAAUUACAAUUAACAUUUUUCCAUUACACACAUCCCUGUUAGAAUAUGUAUGAAGUUUGAGAAUAUUUUUUAUUUUUAUUAACCUCAUACGCUGUCCUUAGAUUAGUGGUUGAAAUAAAUUUAUCAGUCCUUGUUUAGCAUGUGUAGAAAUCGUAGACCUGCGCAAUGCUAGUGCCAUGAUUUUCUGUGUCUCUUUUCCUGCUCCUUUUUUUUUCAAAUAUAAAGAUAAAAACCAAACCAAGACAAUUUCUCAGUUCAGUAUUGGAACUUUUCUGUUGAAGUCUGUGUGUGAGGUAAAAAGAUACACCAUAUUAUCUAUAGCAUCUGCCUUUAAAGGUAUACUGCGUCGUCAGAGUUAUUGACUUCCUUUUGAAAUUUACAUAAAGAUAUCAGCAAUACUUAUGUCUGUAUAUGAUUGCCUAGCUGGGUAGCUCAGGAGGUUUACGUGUCGACUACUGGUCUGUAGAUCGAGUGAUUCGAGUCCAACAGGGGUUUUGUUAAUUUUUCUUCUUCAGAUUACUGUUAGAUAAAGUCAAUUCGAAAGUUUUCUAUUUCAGAAUGUAUAUAUAUAUAUAUGUAUAUAUAUAUAUAUAUAUAUAUAUAUAUAUAUAUAUAUAUAUAUAUAUCCUUAAAUUUUCAUCCUUAUCAAUUUAUUCUGAUAUGUUGAGAUCAGAGUAAGACUUCACAAUUCAGAUUAAAACGUAACUUUAUGAACUUGGAGGGGUGACCUAAUUUAUGGUGUAGGUAUACAAUACCAAUGUGUGUGCUUUGUUGUGGUGUAGUUAUUUUGUACUUAAUCUGGACUACUUCUGAGUUACGGUAUAGUGAUUUUGUACUUAAGGAGGUACUCUACAUCGUCAUAAUGGCUGAUUUCCUUAUAAAACAUGGCUGAAUAUAUAAAUAUCAGCAAUAUUUUUGUCUUCAUUUAAAGAAUUAUCGCCUUACUGUGUAGUUCAGUAGGGUAGGACUGCUGAAUUGUUGAUCGCGGGUUCGAAUCCAGCAGAGGUUUUAAUAAAAAAAAAAUUCAGAUUGCUUUCUAUCAAAACUGCAUUUUUUUUUGACUGAAUAAAGUAAUUUUGAAAGUGUUCAAUUUCAAAAUAUUGUUGUACAUAUCCUCCACUUUUCAUCCAUUUCACAUUUCUCUAGUGUAGCAUACCUCCUUAAUCUGGAUUACUUCUGAAUCACGAUGUAGUUAUUUUUACUUAAUCUUGACUACUUCUGAAUCACGAUGUAGUUAUUUUGUACUUAAUCUUGACUACUUCUGAAUCACAAUUUAGCUAUUUUGUACUUAAUCUGGACUACUUCUGAAUCACGGUGGACUUUGCAACAUUUUCUGAUAUUGAUGAAUCCGUUGUAUUUAUCUGUCGAUCAGCUGUGGUCUAAUAUAUUUCAGCGGGGCUUAGUAUUUUAUGUUGAUUGAUACUGAUCAGCACACACAUGUAACACUAUCAUCAGCACGGAACCGCCUUGCAGAAUCCAAGGGGCGUGAGAUGGUCCAAAAUACUGCCGUUUUGUUCCUUCAACAUGUUCUCAAAUUGUUCAUUGCCAAGUUAACUUUGUGAUAUUGAUUUCUGAUUGAUAAAUUGAUAUUAUAUAAUAAAUAUUUAUAAAACCUUG